AUUUCAUCUCCGAGCUUCAUGGCUGCAGGAUGGACUCCCAGCAGCAUCAGCAACAUCUUUUCUUCCUGUUGCCACCGGGGACUGUUCAGCGACCAUCAAGUCUGGCGGGAACCGAGGCUUUUCUACGAUGCGCAUCUUCCACCUGCCGAAAUGUCCAGCUGUAAGGGCUCCUAGCGUCCCACUCUAGAGACAGCAGUGGAGAGGUUGCAGGUCCCUUGCACAUCAAUGUCUCUCACUCCGAGUCGAAAGCCCUCCUCAGGUCAGCGCAGGCGCUCAGUGGGCACUGGUGGUGGCAGCGGGCGGUAUUCCCACAGUGAUACAUCCAGUACCCACACCUACCCGGGUCGGGUUAGGGCACCAGAGGGCAGCCCUACAGCCCGGACGUAUCCGAGUACACCAAGGCGUCAGGCAAAACACACAGCGUGCAGCGACAACCAUGGGAUCAGGCCUCCAACCCCGGAGCAGUACCUUACACCUCUGCAACAGAAGGAGGUGUGUAUACGACAUCUGCGAGCCAGACUGAGGGACAAUGUAGAAAGACUACAACACAGAGACUGUGAAAUAGAUGAGUUGAGGACCCAACUGUACAGGAUGCAGGAAGACUGGAUAGAGGAGGAAUGUCAUCGUGUAGAGGCCCAGUUAGCCCUGAAAGAGGCCCGCAAAGAGAUCCAGCACCUUCAUGAGGUGGUUGAGUCGGUGAGGUCCAACCUGAGUGUCCGUGAACAAGAACCCCAUGACCACAAGCCAUACUCAGGGUUGCAGGGAGCUCGGCCAGGGGGGAGGUCUCGCUCCUGUGGCUGUUCCCCAGCUAACACUUUGAGCCGCAGCACCAACUACACCCGACUGAGCAGCGAGGCUCUGCAGCUGGAGCACAGCUCUAAUGUUCCUGAGUCAAGCAGAGCAUCUCGCCCAGCAGGACAAACCCACCUGCUCCUGGAGGCAGCCCUCCUAUCAGAGCAGCUGCCACCACAGGGCCACAUCCGAGGUCCCCCAACUGUGCCACGGUCUUCCACCUAUGAAAGGCUGUGCAGUGGGGGGGCGGUGUUGCCAAUCUCACACUCCUGCCACACUCUCAGUAGUAGCUGCAAGUGCAGUGGCCACACCUACCUCCCCCAUCAUCACUUGUUCCUGCAUUUACCUCAAGAGGAGGCCCCACUAACAGCGACAACUGCUGCCGUCCCUGCCACUGAUCCUAUCCCUACUCCUGCAUCAGAGAAGAAGCCAGAGGUCCGCUCCCAGGCCUGCAGUCCAACAAUGACCUGGCUGUGUGAGGAAAGCGGCGUGGAAGAGCUGAGUGUCAUUUCUUUUGCCACAGCAGACAUCACUCCCACAGAACCACAUUCAUGUCCAUCGUUUUUACCUCAUGUGUCCCCUCCGAAGCAAUCAUACAGUGUAGAGCUGCUACCGCCCGACAAACCAUUGGAGGUAGCAAAGAUGCCAGUAGAGCCCCACACCUGCCAGCCCCACCCUAUAGCUCCACUUCCAGUGAGGCAGGACGCUACAGUACUGGAGAUAGAAGAGGACAAUGUGGAUGAAUCUGAUGGUACAAAUGAAGACGGGUAUCCCCCUCAGCCCUGCCACUGGAGCCGCUACUUCCUUGUAGAUCUUUUGGCUUUGGCGAUGCCAGUUGUCCCAACCAUGGCAUGGCUGUGUCGAGGGGGGCCACAGGAAGUCUUGCCAGUAUAUCAUAUUGGCUCCCUACUGAGAGGUUGCUGUGCUGUGGCCCUCCACUCACUUCGUCGCCGGGGUGCCGGCAGGGGACGGCGGCCUGCCAGCAUUAAUGGAACAACACCAAUCUGAGACUUUCUGCUCCCUCUGCCAUUGACAGGACAACUCCCAACCCCUGCAGGCACAGCAGAUUCACAGCAAUUCUGACUUAAAUACAUUUUGGUUAUUGCCCCGUGUUGGAUAUCUCCUCCUAUAAGAUUUUUAAUUUUACAUAAUGUCCAGAACAGUAAAUAACUUCGCACCUUUAUAGUGAAAGGACAGGUGACUCAAAAGUAGCUGGGCGUCUCACUUUGUAACACCAUUUGCCUGAUGAAAGUCUAGCACCGAAACGUUGUGUCAAUAUAUAUUUUUUUCAAGUUGGACAGU